AAUGUAGAGAUUACGAAAAAAGACAAAAAAUAUGGAAAAAAAUUGCAAGAGAUGUUAAUGCGCCAGUUGAUUUUGUAAAAAAAAAAUGGACAAGUUUGAGAACUUCCUAUAGAAGAUACUAUAUAAACCAAAGGGAUAUGUCAUCUGGGAGUGGAACAACAAAACUAGUACCAUAUAAAUACGCCAAAAGCUUAUCAUUUUUGGACCAGUAUCUACAUACACCAACGUCAUAUCACAGUUUUAACAUGGAAGAUUCAACUCCUGAAAACUUCGGCCAAGAACCCAACAACAACACAAUCACGGCUCCGGAAGUUGUUUUUAUAGAUGAUUCAGCUGCUUCAUUUUCUUGCAAUGGCAACAUAAAUAACAGUGGCCAUGAUUCCAGCAACAACAACACAAGCAACUUAAAAAAUGCAGAUCGUAGUAAAUACUUACUACUGAAAUAUAUAGAACUUUUGAAGGAAGAAACUGCCAUUUGGAAAACUGAUACUGAGCAAUACAAAGAUCCAAAUGAAAGAGACAAGUCGUGGAAAAGUCUUUUUGCAAAAUAUAAAAAGUUCGAUAAAAAUACAAGAAUGCAAAAAAUUAAAAAGAAAUAUGCCGAAAUUGUAAAUGCUUAUAAAAGCGAAAUAGAAAAAAUGCGCACAAAUGAGAAUCUGGUACCAACAUUGUGGUACUUUGAACACAUAAAUUUUUUGCGUAAUUAUUUGAAUGACUUACUUGAAGAAGAAGGUCAAGAUAAAGAAGUUGCUUCCGCAACGAGUGAUAAUCCUCCGCAAAUUUCCGACCAGGUACCAAAAAGAGAUGAAGCUGAUAUAUAUGCUGAAUCGUGGAUAGUCACAUAUCGUAAGCUGGCGCCAGAUCAGAAAAUUUUCGCUAAACGUAUGAUAGAUGAAACUCUUGCGUUCGCAGAAUUGGGCCAGCUUUCCAUGGCCAGUUCAAUUGCUACUGGAGAAAACAAUGUUACACGUGCAAGUAAUACUAAUCCAACACGAUCAGCAACACAACACCAUGGAAUACCAUAUAGAAGAAAUAGUGCAAUUAAUACUGAUCCAAGACUAUCAACAAUACAACACCAUGGAAUACCAAAUAGAAGAAAUAGUGCAAUUAAUACUGAUCCAAGACUAUCAGCAAUACAACACCAUGGAAUACCAAAUAGAAGAAAUAGUGCAAUUAAUACUGAUCCAAGACUAUCAGCAAUACAACACUUUAGAAUACCAAAUAGAAGAAAUAGUUUACGACCUCGUGGUUCUACAGUUUUUAGAAACUAGCAUUGUCCUUAUCAUGAAAAGCGAGCCAUUUGAGAAAAUAUCGAAUGAAAAUUCGAGAACCUAAAAUAAUUUACAGAAUAUAGGUUGAAUAUCAAACCAGGGAAGUGUACAGAUAAACAUACAUACACAUGUAAAUUGGUAUACAUAAUUAUUGUAAAUAAUAUCGUUUCGAACCUGGGGCCAAAUUCUAACAUUCGAAAGCGAACAAAAUUUCUAAUAACAUUUCCUAAAGUUCUAUUGAGGUUUCGUUCGAUAUCGAUUGCCAGAAUUUGACCACUGGUUUGUUUGUUACUA